GGCCGAGGGCCGGGGCAAGUCCGUGGUGAGGAGCGGGGCCCGGGUAGGCCCUGCCCAACUGACCGCAGGGGCUUCACUUCAGGAGACUCCGGUGUCUGGGCGGGUGUUGCUUCAUUUUGCCGAAUUAGGGUGCUUGUUCACGUCAGUGUUUUGGGAGCCCCAGCAGCAGCGCUGUAAAUUCGCCUGCCUUUUCACCCUUAAUUGAGUUUGGCGGUUGCUGUGGUAAAGCAGCUCCUGCAAGGACAAGAGCCCUUCUCUCCCCCUGGAUUUACUCGAGCACUUUUAAAAAGAGUUUUUAUGUAGAGUAAGUUGAGAUAUGAUUUAUUCCCAUUUUCUAAAUUGGAAAACUGAAGCACUGAAAAUCACUGUAACUUCGGUUAAAUUCAGAUACUGGUAAGAAAUGGAAAUAGAUUGCCUGAAGCUUGAUGGCCAUUUUUACUGCUUUGUGUGCUGGCAUCGUUCUUCCCCAAAGCUGUCCGUAUUGUUUCACGGCUUUUAUUAUUGGCCAGUUUACCUGAAUGUGGGGGAUUGGCUUUGGGUGGCUCCAGAUCCCCGGGCAGACGCCCUCUCACUCCUUCCUCAGCAGAACAGGGGUGGAAAAUAAGAUGAAAGUACUCAUGGGUUGAGAUAAAGACAGAGACAUCACUUGCAAAGUGCCAUCACAGGUAUAACAGAUGCAGCUUGGAGAAAAAUAAUUUACUUUAUUGCUAAUUAAAAAAAAUAGAGUAGAAUGGUGAGAAACAAAGAUUAAAACACCUUCCAGACUUCCCCCUUUCCUGCCCAGGCUUUACCUCCUCUGCCCCCAGGCAGUGCAGGAGGAUGGGGAAUGGGGACCCGAACAGAAAGGACAGAACAUAACUGCUCCUCUGCUGCUCCAUCCUCCUAACGCUCUUCCUCCAGCGUGUGGUCCCUGCCAUGUGAUACAGUCCCUCAUGAACUGCUCCGGGGGGUCCCUCCCACAUGCUGCAGUUAUUCCUGAACUGCUGCAGUGUAGGUUUUCCCCAUGGGCUGAAGCCCUUCAGGAUAAACCUGCCCCAGUGUGGUCCCCUCUCCACGGGGUGCAGGUCCUGCCAGUAAACCUGCUCCUGUAUGUGCUCUCCACGGGCUGCAGCUCCCUUCAGGACAUCUCAACCUGCUGCAGCAUGGGGUCCCCCACUGGCUGUAUUGUGGAUAUCUGCUCCACCGUGGUCCUGCAUGGGCUGCAGGAGGACAACCUGCUUCACCACGGACUCCUCCAUGGGAAUCUCCGAUCCAACACCUGGAGCUCCUUCUCUCACCUUGGUGUCUGCAGGGCUCUUUCUCACACCUUUUUCCCCUCAAUCCUCUGCUUUUUGGGUUGUUUCUUAAGUACACUUUCCAAGUGGUGCCACCCUCGUAGCUGAGAGGCUCAGCUCUGCCCUGUAGUGGGUCAGCUGAAGCCGCCUGUCUAGCACAGGACAGCCCCAGCCUCUCCUCACAGAGGCCACCCCUGCAGCCCCCACUGCCAGCACCUGGACACAUAAAUCUAAUACACUAAGAUGUUGUAAUAAAAGACUUAAAAUCUGGCUUAAGCAAAAUAUUUAAUAGGGUAAAAAAAUCUGAAUAGUCAGUAUCUAUUUUUAUGGUUAUUUGUGAUGUUAAUAUCUUCUUGGCUAAGUUGCAGUGGUUCUCAAGCUCUUCAUCAGAAUAUUUCAGUUACUCUACAAUUUUACAAUGUUAGCAGCAGCUGAGAUAAGGAAAUUGUUCCAUCUGUCAGCAAGUCCAAGAAGGUAGGAGGCUAAUGCGCUGGUUGAGGUUCCCAAUUCGAGGAAGAGCUUUUAAAGUGGAAUAAUAUGAUUUGUUUAGUCUCUUUCUACAGUAUAUAGAUCAAAGAUAAAUCUCCAUUUUCUGUCAUAUAUACAGGUAGUUAUUCGACGACUUCCUCCUUGUCUGACUAAGGAGCAACUAGAGGAACAGCUACAUCCUCUACCUGCCCAUGAUUAUUUUGAGUUUUGCACUGCUGAUCCCAGGUUUGGAGUAUCCUGCAGUGGUUGAAUUUGCUCCAUUCCAGAAGAUUUCAAAAAAGAAGCUGAAGAAGAAAGAUGCCAAAGCUGGGAGCAUUGAAGACGAUCCAGAAUAUAGGAAAUUUUUAGAGAGUUAUUGUGCUGAUGAAGAGAAAAUCUGUGCCAAUCCUGAGAUUCUUUUGGGAGAGAUUGAGGCCAAAACAAGGGAACUCAUUGCUAGAAGAACAACACCCCUUUUGGAAUAUAUUAAAAAUAGAAAAUUAGAAAAGCAGAGAAUACGAGAAGAGAAAAGAGAAGAACGAAGGCGGAGAGAAUUGGAGAAGAAACGUCUGCGGGAGGAAGAGAAAAGGAAGCGCAGAGAAGAAGAAAGACGUAAAAGAAAAGAAGUGGAAAAGCAAAAGAAAAUUUCUGAAAAAGAAAUAAGGAUCAAGCUUCUCAAGAAGCCUGAAAAAGGAGAUGAACUGUCCAGUGAAAAGCACAAAGAAAAAGGUGAAGAAGCUGACAUGGAGGAAAACAAAUGGGAUAAAUCCCCUGGAUCUGGGAGCAUAAAAUCCAAAUCUUUGGAGGCUUCACUAAAAGAACUUAAAGAAAAGUCACAAAAUGAUAGUGACAAAGAGCAAAGAGAUUUGGAGAGAAGAUUUCGAGAAAAAGAACCUGAAAGACAAAGGUAUCGAUUGGAUGAUGGCAGAAAGCAUAGAGCUCACUAUGAGUUUGACAAGUUUGUGAGAAGGAAUGAAGAAGAACUGAAAUGGGGGAAAGGAUACAACCAAGACAGAGGAAAGAAAGGGAACUACAGCUACAGCUUCACUGUGGAGGCAGUAGACAAACUGGGUAAAGAGGACAAGUGUGAUGACAUGGCAUCCAAAAAGGAGCGCAUAAGAAAUAAGGAUCGCCCAGCCAUGCAGUUAUACCAGCCAGGAGCUCGCAUUCGAACACAUGUGGGAUCUACAAGUAAAAGCUAUGACUGCAGUGGGAAAUCCUUUGAAGAUGCUCUUGAUAAAAAGUAUGAGGCGGAUAAUUCAGCUGGAGGUGGUUCUGAGAAGAGCGAAGAAGCAGAAUAAACUGGAGGAAAGACUUGUGAAAAGGGAUGGACUUAAGAUUCAGUGUCAUCACAAAAUAUCCAUAGGGCUGUUUCAGAACUCCACAGGCGAUUGCACCAAAAAAAUUGUAAUAGGUCUGCCUCUUACUUUCU